UUUCCAGUCUUCCUCUAACUGGCGCCGGCGAGCGCGGGGCUUCGGACGCCGCCGGGAAACGCCAAGCAGCGGCCGGACAGAGCGAGCCAGACGCCGCCGGCCGCCCCACCACCUCCGCCGCCUUCCCGAUCAUGACGCACAAGCAGAUCUACUACUCGGAUAAAUACGACGACGAGGAAUUCGAAUACCGGCAUGUCAUGCUGCCCAAAGACAUCGCCAAGCUGGUCCCCAAGACCCACCUCAUGUCCGAAUCGGAGUGGCGGAACCUGGGGGUCCAGCAGAGCCAAGGCUGGGUCCAUUACAUGAUCCACGAACCAGAGCCACACAUCCUGCUUUUCCGAAGACCACUGCCGAAGAAAGUUGAAAAAUGACCCACACCUCCACCUUCUUCUGUGUUUCGAUCGAAGCACCUUUUUUGGGAGAACAAUUGAUUCUUUUAAUCUAAAUCGUAAAAUUCCAAGAAAUGCCUGUUCCAGAAAAUACUGCUUGACGUAAACAAGCCGCCAAGAAAAACUGGUUUUGCCUCCGAUAUUUUAUCUGGCCAAAGCAAUCUUCAAAAACUCCGACAACUUGACUUUUUUAAAAAAAAUAUUUUUUGAAAUACUGGCUAAAAGCUUGGCCUGCCCAAGCGGCCUAACUCACUUAAAAAAAAAAAAAAUCUGGUCUUGCAAAACUUUGUUCUUAAAACGUGCCUUUCCUUUUUAAUCUUAUAUUUCAACUUCUGCUUUAGAGCUUUUAAGAUAUUUUUGAUAUGAUUGUUCCUUGGGCUGGAUUAAAGGGUCACCACGUUAAAGGAUCACUUCUAACUCCUUGUUCCUCAAUUUGGUUAAUCUAAUGUAACUUGGACAUUGGAAUGCAUUGGUGAAAGGAGGAAUCAUGUCACAGAUUAACUGAAAAUUAUGAGAAAAAUAAAACCGUCGGUGCAACUACACUGGGUUCAAACAACCAUUUGAGGGGCACUGGUAUAAAGGAUUAAAAUUCAUCCAUGUUGUCUUCCAAAGAAAGCCAUUCAAGACUUUAAAUGUUGAUCAAGGUGAUCUCUUUUUUAAAAAAAAAAUCAAUAAAAAUAGGCAAUAUUUAAGUUUUGGGUUCAAUGUACAAAUGCAGCAACUUUGUGUAGUUUCAUCCAUGUUGUAACCUCUGUUUGUAAGUAUGUAUGUAACCUAUUGUACCAAGAAAUAUUCUAUAAACUUGUUUUCCUUGUGCUUCUGUUUUUAAGUUUUCUUUCAGGGCCUUUUAUUUUAUUUUUUAAAAAAACUUUAUUAAUGGAAGUGCUUUCUGUUACUUGUUUUUCUGCUGCAAGGCAUUUUCCUAAAAUAUUGUUUUAACUGCAGUUAAAUUGUGUAUUACUUUACCUGGGGAUAGGGGUGGUUUUAAAAGCAGGCUGUAAAGAGCUGAACUCACACAAGUAACCUAAGCGUAAUUGUUUAAUUUUCCUUGAUUGACUGAUCCGGAUGAGCUUUCCUGACCUGAUCCAAAUAAAGAUUGUUUAUGC